AUGACGAGUGACGAGCUCUUCAGCCUCUUCGAGCAUGAGGACACCAAUAUGUUACACCGGGCAUCGAUCCUGCUUCGGCUGUCAAAAGUUAAUUUCGAGGCUUCGAGUCAGGCGGGGCAGACGAAUGCAUGGAAAAAUCUGCUCUUCAUGGUGAUGGAGGACAUUCCAGGCUGGAAGUCGAGCAGCAGUUUCAAGAACCGCCAGAUCAGUCGUAGUGUUUGGACCGAGAGGGGACACUAUCUGGGCAAUGUGAUCUAUAGUCUGGGACGCCUAGACGGCGUUGUCUCCGCUGGCCUUUCCGCAGGCGAGCAUGCCCUCCUUCGCGAGCACGCAACCCUUGCGGUGCUGGAAGCCCUGCCGGAUCUGAUAAAGGAUAAACAAGUCAAUCCGUUGUCCGAAAUUGUGUUCGGCCUGAGCAUGAUUGAGCGGAAUCUCCAGACGGACGAGAUAUUCCGGACCCUUGCGCCGCAUAUCCCAGAUCUCAUCCGCGCAGCCCGAGACAGGGACCUCAGCCUCACCAGUAUUGUCGGCUCGUACGCCUUCUAUGCGUUGCCUGACCCUGUGAUUGUGGACAUGUUUGUUGAAUUGAAGGGCAUG